UCUCACCACAACAUGAAGACCUUGGCCCCAAUAAUCCUUAUUGCUGCCCUGCACAUCAACCGUGUGUACUGCAGCUACUACCACGGACCCACCGCCAAGCCUGUCGUCCUCCACAACGGCUACCUGGCAGACACCCAUGAGGUAGCAGCAGCCAAGAACGCUCAUCUCGCCGCUCUAGCCAAGGAAUCUCACUACGGAGGAGACUAUGGAUACGGUCACGGCCAGGAAUACAGUGGCUCUUAUGACGGCCAUCAUGGAGACAUCAGGUACCACGGUCCCACCGCCAUCCCACACGUCCUGCAUGACGGACACAUCGCAGACACUCACGAGGUGACCGCUGCUAAGGCUGAGUAUUUCGCCACCAUAGCCAAGGCCAAGGCUCAGGGAGGCUACGGUGACCACUACAGUGGUAGAUACACCUCAGACUACGGCACCGACCAUGGACACUCCCAUCAUGUGGCGCCUUACCACGGACCCCUUGCCAAGCCCGUGGUGCUCAAGUCCGGAUACCUGGCAGACACUCAAGAGGUUGCUGCCGCCAGGGAACAUCAUCUGCAGGCUAUUCAUCGGGCUAUAGAUAAUAGUGCUUCCCAAAACUACUAA